UGUGGCUCUGCAGCGUCAGUGCAGUAGGACUGCGUUGCUUCUGGACGCAAAGUCUGACACAUUCAUUUGGAGGCAAAACCAUUUUCACAUCUGGAUUUUAGCAGCUUUUUAAAACCCUACGUUAAGGACCACACACGAUGCCAAACUGGGGAGGAGGCAACAAAUGCUCAGCGUGCCGUGGGACAGUUUACCACGCCGAGGAGGUGCAGUGCGACGGCAAGAGUUUCCACAAAUGCUGUUUCCUCUGCAUGGUCUGCAGGAAGGGCUUAGACAGCACCACGCUGGCCAUUCAUGACCAGGAGAUCUACUGCAAGUCAUGCUACGGGAAGAAGUACGGCCCCAAAGGCUACGGCUACGGACAGGGGGCGGGAACGCUCAACAUGGACCGAGGAGAGCGGCUGGGAAUCAAACCCGAAGAGACACAGACUCACAGACCCACCACCAACCCCAACCCGUCCAAAUUUGCCCAGAAGUUCGGAGGUUCGGAGAAAUGUGCCCGGUGUGGAGACUCUGUCUAUGCCGCUGAGAAGAUCAUGGGAGCAGGAAAGCCGUGGCAUAAGAACUGUUUCCGCUGUGCAAAAUGCGGCAAGAGCCUGGAGUCGACCACCCAAACUGAGAAAGACGGAGAAAUCUACUGCAAAGCGUGUUACGCCAAGAACUUCGGGCCCAAAGGCUUCGGUUAUGGCCAGGGAGCCGGCGCUCUGGUUCACGCUCAGUGAUGACCUGCAUCACUCGGACCACCUCACCUUCAUACAUUCCUCUGUCCUGUACAUGAACAGCAACUUUUUUUUCCCCCAGGCCCUUUACUUAUGUUUUCUACCUUAAAUGCUUUGACGCUGACAUAGGUGCUCGUGAUGCAAAUAAAUAAAUAAAUAAAAAAAAACAUUUACAAACCAAACUUCCACAUUUGACU